CACAAGAGCAAGAAUCUUUCAAAAAUCCUACUAGUAAAGAGUUCUUGGAACAACAAAAGAGCAAGAAUCUUUCAUUUUCAAAAAUACAAGCGAAAAAGAUGACGAAAGGCGCUCCCGCGAAAGCGAAAGGUGCGAAAAGCACCAAGAAGCCGCAAAAGAUGAAGCGCGCGAACAGCAGGAAGGAGAAGAAAUUCCCAAGACCGGGAACCUCCGAAGCCCCGACUCUGGUAGCGCUCUAUCAGCGCAUACGUGAGAAGGAGGCGGCGCGGAAGGCAGCAAAAAUAGCGCAAGUUCCCGUGCUGCUCAACGAAUCCGAAGCGGGCAGAAGCCCCGCAGAAGAGGAACAUGCCAGCGCAGGCAAUGCAGAGCAACCAGAUGCGGGGAUCGCUGCGGAAACGUCGAUGGAUGGAGAGCAAGAACAAUAAAAGAGUACUUUCCAACUUACGGUUUACGUUUAUAUCACAAAUCUAAAUCAUACGUUAGCGUCAUACGCAAUAAAACAAAGACUGAACUAAUAGCCGAUCAAAAUAUCGCAUAGCAAGCUCACACGCAAGAAAGAGUCUAUGAGAUAUACUGUGCUAUCAUCAUAACUUACACUUUUUGACGCGUACUCUGUCUUCAUUUAUAUCAAUUUUAUCAACGACAACAUCAAAGUCAAACACAAUUCAUGCACCAAAUGUCAUAUCAGCUACUGCUGAGAAGAACGAGUCAAUAUACAUGAAACACCUUCCAUCCGCCCGUCCCCUAGAUUUCUUCGGUUAUUGUUUGGUUAGGUCCCAUACAUUCACCUUCCCCCUUCCUUUUGAAAAAAAACAAUGACAACAUAAUUAAAGACUAACGUAUUCACGUUUGUAUUGUUGCAGAGCUUUGAUGUAUUGAAAUCCAUCCCGUCUCGAUCUCGACAUUGGAGAUUUUCA